AUGGGAGUGAACGACCAACGACUACAGCGAAAAUUACUGGAAAUUUCCGACCUCGACUACACCAAAGCAGUGGAUAAGUGCCGCACGCACGAAGCGACAAGCGAGCAAAUGACGAGCAUGAAUAAAACAGUCUCUGUGAAUGCAUUCGAAGAAAGCAGCCACGUGGCCGGUAAGAAACACACACAAAACCGCAAGCAGCACAAAUCCAACAACAACAACACUAAGCAGUACAAAAGUGGCAACAACAGCGGCAGCAGCAAAGCAAAUCGAAGCGACUGUGCGAAUGAAGGAAGAGGACAGCAACAACAACAAACGUACAACACAAACCGUAAUGCCGUUUCAGCAUACGAAUCAAAUUGUGAAAUUAGUGAUAAUGAAGAAUUUUUAAUUUCAUCAAUUGAAAAGGUUUACGCCAUUGAAGAUGAUGAAGAUGAAGUGAGCUAUCCGUGGAUUGAGAAGAUAUGGAUUGGAGGACAAUUGGUUGCAUUUAAAAUUGACACCGGUGCCCAAGUCAAUGUGAUUCCACUGAGUGUGUUCCUUCAGUUGAGAACGGAGAUCGAAUUGCAUCGAACGAAUGUCAAAUUACGAGCCUUCAGCGGGGAAAAAUUGAAACCAGUCGGUAUGUGUUCUCUGCUUGGCAAAUUUAACAAAAAGUCAUGUGAUAUGAAAACAGCUGUUGUUGAUAUUGACAUAAUGCCUAUUCUCGGUUUGAAAUCAUGCAUUCAGUUUGGUUUAGUCUCGCCAACAGUUGAAUCGCGCACAUUCACAAAUACCGCGUAUCAAAGCCUCGGAUGUUUCAAUAGCGAAUACAAAAUCAGCGUUGACAAAAAUGCAACACCAAUCGCUCACGCACCGCGUAGAGUACCAUUGGCAAUUAGACACAGAUUAAAAAUGAAAUUAGAUGAAUUAGUUGCGAAUAAAAUAAUCGAAAAGGCUACCGGUUAUUGUGAAUGGGUGAAUCAUUUAGUCACCGUUGAGAAAAAAGACGCUGAAAAAUCACUGCGAUUAUGCAUCGAUCCAGGUGAAUUAAAUAAAAGUAUUUUCAAUGAACACGCAUUUAUUCCAACUUUUGAAGAUGUGUCAUCACAAUUAAAUGGCAUGAAAUAUUUCACAGUAUUAGACCUGAAAGAUGGUUACUGGCACGUUAAAUUAGAUGAAGAAUCGAAAAAACUUUGCACUUUCGCAACUCCCUAUGGAAAUUACAGAUUCUUAAGAUUGCCAUUUGGGAUAAAAACCGCUCCUGGCGUGUUUCAACAAUUGAAUUUUGAGAACUUUGGAGACAUUGAAAAUGUAAUGAUUUAUUUUGAUGAUAUUUUAAUAGUGGGUCGCACACGAAAAGAGCACGAUGAAGUAUUGAAAAAGGUUUUGGACCGCGCAAGAGAGAAAAAUGUACGCUUCAACAUAAACAAAGCACAAAUUGCAUUAGAAGAAGUGAAAUAUUUAGGUCACAUUUUUUCAUAUAAUCAAAUCAAGCCUGAUCCAGAACGUCUUUUAGCUAUUGCUGAAAUGACACGACCAAAGAACAAAAAUGAUUUACAAACAUUUCUUGGAGUUGUGAAUUUCAUGACUCCGUUCAUACCUAAUUUGUCAGAUCGAACGGCUCCGUUGCGUGAAUUGAUAAAGAAAAAUGUUCUUUUCCUUUGGACAGAGUGUUCGAUGAGAUCAAAAAAUGCAUUCUUAAUUCGGAAAUUCUCGUGCCUUUCGACAUUUCAAAAGAGUUAA